AUGACGAAAGGGAUAAGAAACAGGUCGAAAUGUAUGAACCAGUUUCAUAGUAAUGCUAAUGGUGCAGCAUGGAAUCCUUUAUUAACUCAUUGCUCCAAAAACAAAAUAAUAUCCAAAGCCAAGAAUUCACAAAUGAAAAGACUAAAAAUCAAAAGGGUAUAUGAAUGCGAUGAAUGCAGCGAUUACAAUAUGAAUCAAUGGUAUAGGAAAAAGUGA